AAAACCUAAUUUUUUUUUUUUCUUCUCUUUUCUUCUUCCUUACGCCGCUGCCGCCAAGACCUAGUGUCUCCUUCAUACCGGCCGUUCUUCUUCUCCGAUCAUCAUGAGUGAAGAAGUCUCCUCAACGUCAUCAACGUCCCAUAGAGUACCUAUCUUUGAUAUUGAUAGUACUUCCCCGACUCUUAUCUCCAUCAACAUGUCAAACAUCACAAAAUUGACAUCAAUCAACUAUCUCACAUGGCGUCUCCAAAUCAAAGCCCUCUUAGAUGGUCAUGAGCUGCAGGGUUUCAUCAGUGAAACCGAUCAGACUCCACCCUCUCACAUCACCACAGGGACUGUCACAACUGUGAACCCCAAGUUUACUUGCUGGACAAGGCAGGAUCGUCUUCUCUACAGUGCUAUCAUCGGCACACUCUCUCUUCAAGUACAGCCGUUGGUGGCUCGCACUACUACCACGCGUGAGAUCUGGGCUUCCCUUGCCAAGACCUUUGGCAAUCCAUCCCGCGGACACAUCAACCAACUUCGAGAACAACUCAAAGGUGUUUCUAAAGGGAACCAGUCCGUACAAGACUACAUGAAGAACAUUGUCACCAAAGCCGAUCAGUUAGCGCUUCUUGGUUCACCAAUGCCACACGAAGACUUACUAGACCAUAUCACGAGAGGCCUAGAUGAAGACUAUCGCCCGGUCGUGGAACUCGUCAAUGGCAGAGACACACCAAUUUCUAUUGAGGAGUUACAUGAGAAACUUCUAAACAGAGAAAAUCAUCUUCUCUAUGCAGCUGCAACAACAACGACACCACCGGCGUCUGCAAACGUGGCACAACAAAAGUUCAACAACAACAACAACCAUGGUAGAGGAAGAGGUGCUGGACGUGGCUCACAAGGUCGGGGAUACCAAGGAAAGUGUCAAAUUUGUGGCAUCCAUGGUCACAGUGCUCGCACCUGUCGACAACUCAACUCGCCACAAUGGUCUCAACCAUCGUCGUAUUAUCCGUCUCCGCCAUCACAAAACACGUGGACUCCGUCACCACCGAUGCCACCUCAACAUUGGCAACCAAGAGCUCACUAUACCGCUUCCACAAACUACUCCCAAGCCCCCUGGCUUUUAGAUAGUGGAGCGACACACCACAUUGCCACCGACAUGAGUAAUAUGUCCAUCACGGGAUCGUACAAUGGAGGUGACGAAGUAAUUGUUGGUAAUGGAGCAGGCUUACCAAUCACCACUACGGGUGAAGGAUCUCAACACGGGGGCAACAAUAAUCAAAGGCAGAGCUAAUGCAGGGUUGUAUGAGUGGCCAACGAUUUCUC